AUGGGGCCCCACAAGAAGCACCGGAAGCGCUCCGCGUCCCCGUCCGAUAGCUCUUCUACCGUCCAACGUAAAAAAAGCCGUUCUGACUCAUCAAAGAAAAAGAAACGGAAAUCGAAACACAAAAAACACGUUUCGUCAUCUUCCGAUUCAUCCUCAAGUGACUCAACGUCUUCAAGCUCAAGCUCACAUCAAAAAUUAAAAAAGUCUAAAAAACUCAAGGACAAAACCAAGAAACGUAAAAGUGAGGUUACAUCAAGCGAUAUCCCCGUGGAGCUCAUGGCAAAGUCCAAAGCCAUGGCCCCCAUGACCAAAGAACAGUGGGAGAAGCAACAAAGCGUCGUUCGCCGGGUCUACGACGAGACUACGGGACGCCACAGGCUUAUCAAGGGCGAUGGCGAGGUCAUUGAGGAGAUAGUGAGUCGUGAUAGGCAUAAGGCCAUCAACCAGCAGGCCACCCGCGGCGAUGGCGAGUUCUUCCAAGCCCAAAUGUUCAAUCGUUUGAAAAAAUAGCAAAACAGUUUAAAAUAUAUUUUUGAUUCAAUAUAAUUGUAUAAAAUAUGAGGUUGAGCCAUCGCGCCAUGAAGGGUCGUCUACGAUUUUGGCUCGGCAUAAGGGACAAGUCUGUUCGCGGUCAAACCACGUUGUUACACAGUUUUCGCAAAAAAUGUGCCUGCAUUGGAGGAGGACGGGGGAAUCGUAGUUGUCGUGGCAGAUGGGACAGUGGUCCCCCGCCGUCUGGAUCUGCUCCUUGCUGGGGGACGAGCCCACAGUCUGUAAAAAAUUCAAUCAGAGGAAUUCGUUCAGACAUUUCUCAUUGACUCCGACAAUAAAUAAAUCACUUUUAUGCAAGUUUUGCAACAUUUUUUAGUAGAGUUUUAAUAUUAAUAUAUUAAAAAUACUAGUAUAUUUUUAAAGAUGAUCACAGUGUGGUUGAAACGCCUCAUAUUAGAAAUAAAGUUUGUUGUGUCGGGUGUAAAACUGUCUUUUGAUCAUAGAUAAAUUAUUGUACAAAAUGUAAAGUUGUAAAUAUUCCCAACAAACACAUACUAAAACAAUAUCGUAUUAGGGUCCUAUUAGAGUUUUUUAAUUAAACUGACGUAAUAUUUUUAAGAAGGAUAAGUGGUACGAGGGAAUUUAAAUUUAAAACGGAAUUUGCUUAUAACUUUUUACUGAAAUAAAGUUUUCACAAAACUUGAAACUACCUUUCCCUCUAUUUCUAUGCAUUUACCAAACCUCUUUAAUUGCUUAAUUAUAACUUUUUUACACAAGAAACCUUUUGGUUAAGUUUUAAUAAAAAUUCCAAUUUUAAUUGUAAUCACUCUCAUAUAAUGGAAGGCAGUUUUACAGUUUAUUGGAAAUGUGCGCUUAAAAAUUGUAAAAAAAUAAAUUUAUAUAAGAAAAACCUAAUAAAUGUUGAUUUUACCAAUUCCUUAGAUUUUUACAAUGGUGAUAAGAAUUAAAAACACUUUUGUUAGAAGGAUCUUAUAUAUUCGUUAGGAUUGUUUAAAAUAUAAAAAUAAAAUCCCGGAUGUGGAAGCUACGAAAUUAUCGUCAGCUUAAAUGGAAAAUUAGAAAUAAGUGAAAUUAAAAAUUAAAAAACGAGAGAGAAAAUUUUUGAUUUGGAAAAAAUGAGACGUGACAAUUCAAGUUUAUUUGAAACACUCAUGGAUUUUUUAAAACCUUUUUUAAUUAUAAUCAUACAAUUUUAAAAGACAAAAAUUCUCUUUGUGCUUUAAUGAAAACUAUUACAUCAGAGCAACAGCACUGUCUAUUGUUUUAAAAAAUAUAUUAAAAAAAAGAUUUUGCCCUCGUUUUGUUCGCUGGUGCUCUAGACAACCCCUAAUGAUUUUGUGAACAUAUUUUUGUAAAAUGUUUCAAAUAAUAUAAUAAUAAAACUAUUAUUAUAACUGGAA